GCCGUUUGAAAAAAGUUCAAGCUCUCGCGCCGACAUCAGCUUGGAGAUUGACGAAGGACGACGGUAUUCUUCAGCUCAAUCCACAUACACACAAUGUUCAAGCCCAGAUUAAGGAUACCCCGAGUGAGCCUGCCUCGGCAGCGCCAGGCUCCUGUCUUCCGCCGCUACCUGCACGAGGUGCCGCAUCACCAUAUUCAGGGUUCGCCAGAGACAGAGGGCGUUGGGGGCCUGCUAUCAGCAGACGGUUUCAACCUGGCCUACACGCAGUAUAUGCAGUUCGCGACCGAGAAGCUCAACGCUCUCACAGCAGGCACCGAACUCGAGCAGGUACCCACGAGACAGAUCAUCAGCAAAACAGCCCGAGAGCCCUCGCAAGCCCCCAUUUUCAACUAUGCAUCCAUGGCCUUCAACACCCACUUCUUUUUCGAGAACUUGAAGCACAGAGAAGAGGCCCAGCCAGACGGGACAGAGGCAGUCAACCCCGUUCCUGAAAAGCUCAAGAUUGCUCUCGAGUCUUCCUUCAGCUCCAUGGACACGUUGCGCCUCGAGAUGAGCGGCAUUGCCAACGCCAUGUUCGGCCCUGGCUUUGUCUGGCUUGUCAAGAUCCGCAAGCUCAACGAGUUCCGCAUCCUUACCACCUACCUUGCCGGUUCGCCCUUCCCUGACGCUCACUGGCGCCGCCAACCUGUCGAUACCAACACCAUCGACGGCCCCUCUUCUGCCGAGAGGACCGGCUUUGCAUCUGAGUUUUUCGGGCGUACCCAGCUGGGCGCUGGUGCCGACAACGGCUCCGUAUGGUCAAAAAACAACGCGCCAGGUGGAAUCGAUGUCACCCCUAUCCUCUGUCUGAAUACCUGGGAGCACGUGUGGCUGAGAGACUAUGGAGUCGGUGCCGGCGGUUUUGGUGGAAAGAGACAGUACGUUGACAACUGGUGGCAUUGUAUCAACUGGGAGAACGUCAUGGAACACGCCCAGCUCAACAUAUCUCUGAAGAACCAAUAAGUACCCCGAUUGUUGGAUGAGGAAUUGUAAGAUAGGCAUGUGCAAAAUCGGCACAAGUGGGCUUCUAUGGCUCUGUGGAUAUAAAGAAAUGUGUACUAUUACUGUACUAUGACAGAACACACUUCUGCAAUUCAUCCUGUACGCUUACUCGCAGCCUGUGUUUGACGCGGUCUCUAUAAUCCUUUAAAAUCCUUGUGCUCGAUUGCAAUCCUAGGGAGGUAUCUUGGAAGCCUUAAAACCCAAA